AGGUAAUAAACUGUUGGUGGUACGUUAAUGAGAAAAUGCACCAUUUAUACAGUAGUUAUUGAAUCUACAUUAGUCUUUUGAGCAGAGUAAAAUCCCAGAAUAGACAGUAAUCAGUAGCAUAUAGAGUGCUUACUCUACCAGGCAGAGUUCUUGGAACUUUGUGUGGACUCUCUCAUUUAAUUCUCUCCACCAUCCUAAGUAGUAGGUAUUAUACACGGAGAAGAUAAGGUGACUACAAAGAAAUGUGACCAGCAGAGAUCUGAACAGCACUCAUCCAUUAGGAAUGGACCUCUUUCUGCUGGGAACACUGAAACCAGCGAGGUCGCCCAGGCUUGUCCCAGGGGUGGCAGAGCUGGAUUUGACUAUCUCCCCAGGCUCAACAGUUGGCCACUCUCUGAGUAGGUGUGGAAUUCCAAGCAGAUUCUACGACUCUGAAAAGAAGUAUUCUGCUUGCCUUUCACCUCCUGAACCAUUCUAAGGGCCAUAAUCAACUUCUGAAGGUCUUAUCAACUUAGUGCACAUCCCACUAAUUGAUAUUCUUUGUAGUAUAAUAGCAAGAAACAGGUGUGGUCCAGUCCUGGAUGACAAAGGAAGGUGUAGAACAUGGCAGUGGAGUUGUGUGAGAAGUUGCAUUUCGCCGGCCCAGUGUUCUCUAUUUUGGUGAUCUGUUACACUUAGGGCGAUCCACCUCCAUUUCAAAACUGGCUCUUCAAGUUUUCAGAACCUCUUAUCAGACUGAAACUCAGCCAAGGUUGAAGCUGCCCAGUGUCUCUGUGCCGGCCCACCCCCACUGCUAGAGGACUCCUAUUUAGCACAGGCAUUAUCUGCAGAGCCUGCUUGUAGGCAACAUGAAGGACCGGCUAGCAGAACUUCUGGAGUUAACCAAGCAGUAUGACCAGCAGCUCUCCGACGGGGACGAUGAAUUGGACUUGCCCCACGAGGACUUCGUGUUCGAGACAGACCACAUCCUGGAGUCCUUGUACCGAGACAUCAAGGGCCUUCAGGAUGAAAACCAGCAGUUGAUGAUCGACGUGAAGCGGCUGGGAAAGCAGAACGCCCGCUUCCUCACGUCCAUGCGGCGUCUCAGCAGCAUCAAGCGCGACACCAACUCAAUCGCCAAGGACAUCAAGGCCCGCGGCGAGAGCAUCCACCGCAAGCUGCGCGCCAUGAAGGUGCUGAGCGAGGCGGCCGAGGCCCAGCACGGACCCAACUCGGCGGUGGCGCGCAUCUCCCGCGCGCAGUACAGCGCGCUCACCCGCACCUUCCAGCGCGCCAUGCACGAGUACAACCAGGCCGAGAUGAAGCAGCGCGACAACUGCAAGAUCCGCAUCCAGCGCCAGCUGGAGAUCAUGGGCAAGGACGUGUCGGGGGAGCAGAUCGAGGACAUGUUCGAGCAGGGCAAGUGGGACGUGUUCUCAGAGAACCUGCUGGCCGACGUGAAGGGCGCGCGGGCGGCCCUCAACGAGAUUGAGAGCCGCCACCGCGAGCUGGUGAAGCUGGAGAGCCGCAUCCGUGAUGUGCACGAGCUUUUCCUGCAGAUGGCGGUGCUGGUGGAGGAGCAGGCCGACACCCUGAACGUCAUCGAGCUCAACGUGGAGAAGACCGUGGACUACACUGGCCAGGCCAAGGCGCAGGUGCGCAAGACCUUGCAGUACAAGAAGAAGAACCCCUGCCGGACCAUCUGCUGCUUUUGCUGCCCCUGUGUCAACUAGCAAGGUGGCCUGGGACCUCGCACCCCCUCUCAACGGGAAUGGUCUGGGAAGCGCACUGGGAAAGAUUUGGGGGCUCCCUUCACUGGGGCGAGUUGUCCCAACUCCUACGGACCUCAGUUUUUAGAGAAAGAAGAAACUCGAGAUCCAAAAGUUCCAACCCAGCCCAUGCUUGGGACUAUAGUUGAUGCCUUCCGAUGUUUCUGCAGUAAGGACAGAGAUACCCUGAAGUUGUGUGAGGUCGUUAUAUGGCAAAUUGCAUUCUUGCCCUCUUAACAGAAGCCACAUAAAGAACUGACUAGCGAACUGGAAGGUACAUGUCCCAGGCAUGUUUCCUAAUGAAAUUCUAGGAGGAAGUCAAUUCCGCAUUGGCUAAUAGUAUGAACUCAUCAAAACAAAUUCAUACCCUCUCCUGAAAGUACCUUGGUUGGUUCUGUUCAAUUUCACGUCUUUCAUUUCCACUCCUCAUCUGGUUUAUGCUGUGUGAUUCCUGUCUAGAAGUAUACCUAUUUCCUUCCUGCUCACCUCCAUAUUAAAAUCACAUUUAACACUCACUAUUUUCUUAUCUCUUUACUUUUAAUAUCUUCCAUCAGAAUAUAGUUGGGAUUUUUCCCCCCAAAAUAUUUUUAAGCACUGAGUAUUGAACAAGCCCUGAAAUUGAUGUAUCUAUCAGUCACAUUUUAUAUAUUUUUCAUAAGUAAAAAUAAUUUAAAAUUUAUCUUUUUUUACUUGAUUGUUACAAAUGCACAUAUACAUAUGUAAAUUGUGAAGUACUAAUAUUCACUAACAUGUACAUAAUGACUAAUUGUUUUUCAUUUUACUUUUGUAAAUAUAAACUAUAACUAUCAGAAAAAACACUUUUACUGGUUAUUGGUGUUGGUUGUCUUGUUUUGAGUUUAUCUCAUUCCCAUCUGCAUUUGGGCAGGAACUUUAUUUUGAACAACUCUGUGUCAGUUAUAGUGAUAAAGACAGAUGUCAACAGCUGAAAAUAAAUCCAGAACUAGAUAAUAAAAUAAAUUUCUUGGAAAUAUUACUUUUGUUUUACUAUGGACCAUUCCUUUCAUGCAUUUAAAUGGAGUAAUUUAAACUAAAAUAUUUCUUUUUAAGUUAGUUUAAUAAACAUUACAUUAUCAUUUUCCCUUUUA